GGCUCGGUGUGCUGUGGUGUGUGUGUGUGUGUGUCUGCGCGCGCGUGCGUGUGGAGCUGCUGGGCUCGAGCGUUUUUUUUCCACUGUGAUAGAGGCGCGAGACCCACUCUGAGCCUUCGAGAGGGGGAAAGAGAACGAGUGAAGGGAAGAUUAAACUAAAUAAAAGCGCAUCUAGAGCUUUUCAUCUUUUUUCCCCUCUUUUUUUAUUUCCCCCCUCUUUCCUCCUUCCAAGAUGUCGGUCCCAGCGACAAAGAUGAGUAAAAAAGAGGUGAACUCGAACCAUGAUGGAGCAGACGAGACCUCAGAAAAAGAGCAACAGGAAGCCAUUGAACACAUUGAUGAAGUACAAAAUGAAAUAGACAGACUGAAUGAACAGGCAAGCGAGGAAAUUUUGAAAGUAGAGCAAAAAUACAACAAGCUACGCCAGCCAUACUUCCAGAAGCGAUCAGAACUCAUUGCCAAAAUCCCCAAUUUUUGGGUGACUACGUUUGUCAACCAUCCACAAGUAUCUGCACUUCUGGGAGAAGAGGAUGAGGAGGCACUGCAUUAUCUGACAAGAGUGGAAGUGACAGAAUUUGAAGAUAUCAAAUCAGGUUAUAGAAUAGAUUUUUAUUUUGAUGAGAACCCAUACUUUGAUAAUAAAGUCUUGUCCAAAGAGUUUCAUCUGAAUGAAAAUGGAGAUCCAUCUUCAAAAUCAACAGAAAUCAAAUGGAAACCAGGAAAGGACCUGACAAAGCGCUCCAGCCAGUCACAAACCAAAGUGGGCAGGAAGCGACAGCAUGAAGAGCCAGAAAGCUUUUUUACCUGGUUUACUGAUCACUCGGAUGCAGGUGCGGACGAACUGGGAGAGGUUAUCAAGGAUGAUAUCUGGCCGAACCCCUUGCAAUAUUAUUUAGUUCCAGACAUGGAAGAUGAAGAAGGAGAUGGUGAAGAUGAAGAUGAGGAAGAGGAGGAGGGUUUGGAGGACAUUGAUGAAGAAGGAGAUGAGGAUGAAGAGGAAGAUGAGGAAGAGGAGGAGGAAGGGGAAGAGGAAGAGGCAGAGGAGGAGGAAGGCGAAGAUGACUGAUUUGUUUGCUGUUGACAUUCACCUCUUCCCCCUACUUUUUUUCUCUUUAGUCCCUGGGAGCAAGUUGCUGUCUCUUUGUGCUCAGUUUCCUUGUUCUCCUGAGGUCCUUAAACCAUUAUACACAAUUGGGAUGAGUUACAUGCGCAAACUACAGUGGCAAUCUCUUUCUGCCAUUUUCCACGAACUGAUAUGAAUUGUCCUCCAACCAGCUGAUCAGCAGGCAGAUAUCCAUAGUAAUGUGAUUUUUUUUUUUACUUUUUAUUUUAACCCCAUCACCACCAACAAACGCAAAUUCCCUCUGCUGGAAGCCCAGAACUUCUCUCUACCUUUUGUGCUGUGACCAUAGAUGAUUUGAAUAGGCUUUUUUCUUACCUGUUCUGGCCCAGAGAUUACACUGUUUCCAUGUAUUGUGGACAAAUAGCAGUUACCAUCAAGUCCUUGUUUCCUUCUCUCUUGUAACAAAUCGGGGUGUGAUUGACGCACCUGAGGUAGAUGCAGCUGGUUGGGUUCUACUGGGUGGGUUUGUUGGGUAUUUUGAGGACGUGGCUGUACUUAGCACGUUGAUGCAUUGUAUAUUUUUACAACAUCCCGUGCAACUAAAGCCAAUACUUUUAAAUAUUAAUCGAUUUGAGCCCCACAGCAGACGGUGACAACCUGUAGAAUCUUAUUGGAAUCUACAUUCUCUAAUGUAAUUUUUUUUUGUUUCACUGGAAAGGAAAAUUGCUCAGUUUUAAACGUUAAAAGUGUACAAGUUGCUUUGUUACAAUAAAACUAAAUGUGUACACAAAAA